GCGCUCGCCGGCGCGCUUUCUUUCUCUCCGUUCCUCCCGCGAGCGCUGCCCGGCCAGGGAUUCUCGCGCGCUUUGUGCGUGUCCGCGCGCGCUCCUGUUCUGCUCCCGCCUCGGGCGCUUUCGCCAUGGCCGACUACCUGAUAAGCGGCGGCACCGGCUACGUCCCGGACGACGGGCUGACGGCGCAGCAGAUGCUCAACUGCGGAGACGGGCUCACGUACAAUGACUUCCUUAUACUUCCUGGCUACAUAGACUUCACUGCAGACCAAGUGGACCUGACUUCUGCUCUGACCAAGAAAAUAACCUUGAAGACUCCGUUGGUAUCCUCCCCGAUGGACACUGUAACUGAGGCCUGCAUGGCCAUUGCAAUGGCGCUCACUGGCGGGAUUGGAUUCAUGCAUCAUAAUUGCACCCCAGAAUUCCAGGCCAACGAAGUACGAAAAGUUAAGAAAUACGAACAAGGAUUUAUCACAGACCCAGUAGUGCUGAGCCCCAAAGAUCGAGUCCGAGACGUUUUUGAAGCGAAAGCUCGACAUGGGUUCUGUGGCAUCCCCAUCACAGACAAUGGGAAGAUGGGCAGCCGACUUGUGGGGAUUAUCUCAUCCCGAGACAUCGACUUUCUGAAGGAAGAAGAGCACGACUUGCCUCUCAGUGAGAUCAUGACCAAGCGGGAAGACCUUGUUGUAGCACCUGCAGGGGUUACAUUAAAAGAAGCCAAUGAAAUUCUGCAGAGGAGUAAAAAAGGCAAGCUGCCCAUUGUUAAUGAACAGGAUGAGUUGGUGGCCAUAAUUGCUCGCACUGAUCUGAAGAAAAAUCGGGAUUACCCUCUGGCAUCCAAAGAUGCCAAGAAACAGCUGCUCUGUGGGGCUGCCAUUGGGACCCAUGAAGAUGACAGAUACCGUCUCGACCUCCUUGUGCAAGCUGGCGUGGAUGUUGUUGUGUUGGAUUCUUCCCAAGGGAACUCCAUUUUCCAAAUCAACAUGAUAAAAUAUAUCAAGGAGAAAUAUCCCGAACUGCAGGUCAUUGGAGGCAACGUGGUGACAGCAGCUCAGGCGAAGAACUUGAUCGACGCUGGUGCUGAUGCCUUGAGAGUCGGCAUGGGCAGUGGGUCUAUCUGCAUCACUCAGGAAGCUGCGCCAAAGAUCCCUCCAGACCUAAAGUCCCACAGCCCCAAAUGCCCUUCCACAGUCACUGGCACCUAUAUGUUGGCAUGUGGGAGGCCUCAGGCCACAGCAGUGUACAAAGUGUCUGAGUACGCCCGGAGGUUUGGUGUGCCGGUGAUUGCAGAUGGUGGCAUCCAGAAUGUUGGGCACAUUGCCAAGGCUCUGGCGCUAGGUGCUUCCACAGUGAUGAUGGGCUCCCUUCUGGCUGCCACCACAGAGGCCCCUGGGGAGUAUUUCUUCUCUGAUGGGAUCCGACUGAAGAAAUACCGGGGCAUGGGAUCGCUUGAUGCCAUGGACAAGAACCUUGGUAGUCAGAACAGAUACUUCAGUGAGACAGAUAAAAUUAAAGUGGCACAGGGCGUCUCCGGGGCUGUGCAAGACAAAGGCUCCAUCCACAAGUUUGUGCCAUACCUGAUUGCUGGCAUCCAGCACUCCUGCCAAGAUAUUGGGGCCAAGAGUGUGACCCAAGUUAGGGCCAUGAUGUAUUCAGGAGAGCUGAAAUUUGAAAAGAGGACGACGUCUGCUCAGGUGGAAGGAGGGGUUCAUAGUCUCCACUCAUAUGAAAAACGCCUUUUCUGAUGAAGGGCCUUGUCAAGCCUCUGCCCUGUGGGGGCCUGCGCUGCCCUUCUCAUGAACUGCUCCAUUCACGGAACUGCCAUUUUGCUGGGGGGGGCUGGGGCUUCUUGCAGCUCUCCCCGGUGCAUCAGCUGCUUUGACCAAGGCUGAAGAGAAUGCAUCAGCCUCUUCCAGAAGAAGUGCUGUCGGUUGAACUCUUGAGAGGGGGGCCCUGUGUAGGUGUUGAUGUGCGUUUUUACAAUAAAACAGGAGGGGGAGCCUUUUCCACCUUCUUCCUGAUGAAACGUUAA